AUGACUGAUCGCCUCAUUGAAGGUGAGACCCUCACCUUGGGUAUUUCAUUCAGGGACACAGGAGAGAUGGCUGUGACGACUCUGGGUUGUGCAGCUUUUCACGUCUGGCCCAAAGUUCUCCAAAGACUGGUGGACUAUCUACCCCCCCUACCACCACCACUUCCAAUUCCUGACAAUCUUGGGCCAUUUUCUGAGUCUGCUGAAGCCACUGCAGCACCAACGCAUGGUUUCUCCCCGGAGAGAUGUCUGUUUGGGUACCCAGAUUGGCCUUUGGUAGUGGAGUCUGGGUUUUACUUUGUGAGGAUGUGUGGUGAGGAAAUGUCAAAGCAACUCAACCGCAAUUUGGAGAAUAUCAUCUUCACAUCACCAGCAGAUGAAUCACUAACGGUUACAGCCGUGCCAAAGCCUUUGGACAAGACAACACGUCUUGAAGUGCAGACUGUGAGGACAGCAUAUUCAGUUCUGCACUCUUACUACAGAGCCCUAGGGCGUGCUCACUAUGACCAUGAAGGGGAAAUACUAUCUUGGGCUAAAAAGGUCUUGGAAGAUAGUUCAGGACCCUUGCGAGAGUUGUGGAUGCUCAGGAAGUGUAUCUCCCAUGAUGGCACAAGCGUUAUCUCUUCCCUGACAGGACUCAAAUUACCAGAGUCACUGCAGAUGACACCUGAGACUUAUGCUUUAUUGACUAAAACUCUUGACCUGGCAAUGGCAGCUCACUGGGAUGGUGCCAUGCAUGUUAUCAGCCAGAUUGCAAAAGAACAGAUCAACACAGAUGAUUAUGACAAUUUGGGAAAGUGUCUAGAUGACUUCAAUGUUAUGAUCAACACAGUGUUGUCAACAAGGUCACAACCUUCUGAGAAGCCCACACUUGUAACUCCACUACGCUGGUCCUACAACUUUAGAAGUUUCCACCGCCUUGAUCAUCUGGUGAAUUUGAAAUUACACGAGGGGCCUUCAAGCUGGCGGAAACUUCCCUCAAUUUUAUCAAAGUCUUUGGAGCAGCUCGAGAAAGAUGUCACUCUUGAGGACCUUAUCAGUCCAUUGAAGGUGAAUCCUUUUGAUCAACUCCAGAAAGCAUGGAUGGAUCUGACCAUGCCAGAAGAUAAGAAUUUAGCUCUAUCUGAGGAUCUCCUUUUGGAGGAGCGCCAAAAGGCAAGUGAAAUAUGGGACAGAUAUUCUUACAGUUGGAAACGGCCUUGGACUUGCUUUGAGAGUAGAAUGCCCAUUGAAACCCUGCUGUUUCAGGAGAGGUCAAAAGAGGACUGUGAACUAGUAUCCAAUGAGCCGUUGGACCUACAGACAGUUGUUGUUCAGAUUUUGGGCCUCCCGCCUAAUCCCUUUUACUGGACACCACUCAAGUCCUAUGCUCCACCAAAUUCUCCAACCAGCUGGCGAUCACCAAGUCCUUCAGAUGCGGGAGAUAUAGAAGGGGAGCCAGAGGAUCCGGCAGUCCCAGAAAACAACAUGGUGGAACAAGCUGGAGACAAUCCUACGUGGGAACAAGAAGAAGAACAAUCAGAAGAGGCAGAACCUCCAGAAGGGUUGAUCUGGGAGCACACAAACGGCACAUUGUAUUGA